UAUGUCGAACAACGGGCGGCGAAUUUCACAAAAACUGAGGAGAAUAUUUUGUUAGACCUAGUUCGGAAAUAUGUCCUCAUUGUGGAACACAAAAAGGCAGACGCCGUAAGUGCCAAACAAAAGGCAGACUGUUGGCAACAGAUUACAGAAAGUGGGCCACCACUUCCAGCUGACGACAGUCAGGACAAAGUAUUAAUGGAUAUACUGGGUACCCAGUUAACUGGUUUCCAAAGCCAGUACGAUGAUGAUAAGAUAAGAUAUUCUCUGUAA